GUGAAAACACACUUCUUGUGAAGAACAACACAUAGGCCUGCAUAAACCAGUGAGAACUUGAUAAUCCAUCAUCUCUUCAUCAUGAUGCUGCUUCUUCAUGUGCUGAUGCUGUCUCUUCUCUCCGGUGGUUUGGCCAAAGUUGUGCAGGAUUUUGAGAGUGAAUGUCGUCAAUUUUUUGCAAAUGGAAAAUCACCAACAAGAUUUUCUGAAUCACAGUAUAAGCAGAUCUGCCAAACUCUAGAUAAUGAUGUUUAUUAUGCCACAUUCUAUGACACUGACAACAAGAUCCCCGUGUACUCAGCCUACAAGUUUGAAGGUUUAAUGGGCUGCACAAGACUAAACAAGUGGUACAUUGAACCUCAACUUGACAGUAAUAAUGCAUCACCAAACAUGCAACUGGAGAAAGAUGUGAAAAAACAAGGACGUGGAGCCCGUCAAGCUCUCAAUGGAGACUAUGAGAAGUCUCGUUUUGACAAAGGUCAUCUGGCACCAGUCUACCAGGCAAACUCACAGAUCUGUGCUGAUGCCACCUUCACUCUCACCAAUGCUGCUCCACAAAACCCCUCUUUUAACCGAGGUCAGUGGAGGGUACUAGAAGGAAACAUUGCAAAAGAACUGUCUGAUCAAUGUCUACCAAAUAAGUAUUCUGUUUACAUUGUGACAGGGGUGGUACCUGGAAAUAAUAACAUAAACAAUAGAGUGAAAGUGCCUAGUCAUUUCUGGACUGCAUACUGCUGCUUAGACAACAAUAAUAAAUGUCAGAUCUCAAGAGGGUUUAUUGGAGAGAAUACGAACAUUGCUCCCAAAAACAAAACUAUUGAUGAUAAUAAUAAAGGAGCACAUGUGGCAUGUGAGGGGACUGUGAAUAUACAAAUACGUGGAGGCCGUCAAGCUCUUAAUGGAGACAGUAACCGCUCUGGAUACCACAAAGAUCACCUGCACCAGUCCUCCAGGCAAACUCACAGACAAACUUCACUCUCACCAAUGCUGCUCCACAAGACGGUUAUUUUGUAA